AUGACGGCAUCACCGAUUUCGCUAUCUUCCUCUGCCACCUCCUACACCGCCGCCAUUUCGGGACCGCGCCACUGUUCCCUCUUUCACACCAGCAUUUCAACUGCCACGUCUUUCAAUCUCCGAUUCUGUGGUCUGAGGCGCGAAGCCUUCACUUUCACUUCCCUCCGCCAUCGCUCAAACCAUAAUCAUCCCAUACGCCGGACACACUUCAAUGCAAUAUCCGCCGCUCUUUCUGACAACGACACCUCUCCCAAAUCAUUCGAUUACGAUCUGCUUAUUAUCGGAGCUGGCGUCGGUGGUCACGGUUCUGCUCUUCACGCUGUUGAAAAGGGUUUGAAAACAGCAAUUGUUGAGGGAGAUGUGGUGGGAGGGACAUGCGUGAACAGAGGUUGUGUUCCUUCUAAAGCUCUUUUGGCUGUAAGUGGUCGUAUGCGAGAGCUGAGGAAUGAUCAUCACUUGAAAUCGCUUGGCUUACAGGUUUCUAAUGCUGGGUAUGAUAGACAAGCAGUUGCUGACCAUGCUAAUAAUCUUGCAUCGAAAAUUCGCGGUAACUUGACCAGCUCAAUGAAAGCACUUGGAGUGGAUAUACUUUCUGGUUUUGGAACUAUUUUGGGUCCUCAAAAGGUGAAAGUUGGCUCUUCUAACAAUGUAGUAACUGCCAAAGACAUCAUCAUUGCCACUGGUUCCGUUCCUUUUGUUCCUAAGGGAAUUGAAGUCGAUGGGAAGACUGUGAUCACUAGUGACCAUGCACUCAAAUUGGAGACAGUGCCUGAUUGGAUAGCAAUUGUUGGAAGUGGUUAUAUUGGCCUUGAAUUCAGUGAUGUAUAUACGGCACUUGGAAGUGAGGUUACCUUUGUCGAAGCUUUAGAUCGGCUUAUGCCUGGAUUUGAUCCUGAAAUUAGCAAGUUGGCUCAGAGGGUUCUCAUAAAUCCCAGGAAUAUUGACUAUCAUACAGGCGUUUUUGCAUCCAAAAUCACUCCUGCAAGAGAUGGAAAACCUGUAAUGAUUGAGCUCAUUGAUGCAAAGACCAAGGAACAAAAGGACACUUUAGAGGUGGAUGCUGCAUUAAUAGCAACCGGAAGGGCUCCAUUCACACAAGGUCUUGGAUUGGAGAAUAUUGAUGUUGCAACACAGCGUGGUUUUGUUCCCGUGGAUGAGCGCAUGAGAGUAAUUGAUGCAAAUGGAAACCUGGUCCCUCAUUUAUACUGUAUUGGCGAUGCAAAUGGCAAGAUGAUGCUUGCUCAUGCUGCCAGUGCACAAGGAAUUUCAGUGGUUGAACAGGUCACUGGAAGAGAUCAUGUGCUCAAUCAUUUAAGCAUACCAGCUGCUUGUUUCACUCAUCCUGAAAUCAGCAUGGUUGGAUUGACAGAGCCUCAAGCAAGGGAGAAGGGCGAAAAGGAAGGAUUUGAUAUAAGUGUGGCCAAAACAAGUUUUAAAGCUAACACAAAAGCCUUAGCAGAAAACGAAGGAGAGGGUCUUGCCAAGUUAAUAUACAGACCUGACAACGGAGAGAUACUAGGAGUUCAUAUUUUUGGGUUGCAUGCUGCAGAUCUCAUCCACGAGGCUUCCAAUGCAAUAGCAUUAGGGACACGUAUUCAGGAUAUUAAAUUUGCAGUUCAUGCUCAUCCAACUUUAUCAGAGGUGCUUGAUGAGUUAUUUAAAUCAGCAAAGGUUACAGCAUAA